AUGUCAACUGCAUGAGGAGAGGGGACUCGCCUUCUUGCCCUCAGGCUUGAAGAGAAGAGCUGCCACUGCAGACGGGGAGUGCUGGACAUGUGUGAGGCACUGUCCUGUCCCGGCAAUGAGACUCCUGUCCCAGGCGACAGGCUGGGGGCCCUGUACUGGGCUUGUGUCCGCAAUGACUCUGCCCAGCUCCAAGCCAUACUGGAUCAUGGGGUCUCCCCAGAGGAGGCCACCCAGGUGGACGGCAAUGGGAGGCCCUCACGGUCGCCUGCUACCACGGCUUCAGGAGUGUUGUGGCCCUGCUCAGCCGCUGUCCUUUCCUGGAUGUGAACCAGCAGGAUAAAGAAGGGGACACGGCCCUCAUGCUGGCUGCCCAAGCAGGCCAUGUGUCUCUGGUGAGUCUCCUGCUCAACUACUACGCGGGCCUGGACCUGGAGCGCCGGGACCAGCGGGGGCUAACAGCGCUGAUGAAGGCUGCCAUGCGGGACCGCUCUGAAUGUGUGGCUGCCCUCCUCAUGGCAGGUGCUGACCUGACCGCAGUGGAUCCUGUUCGGGGCCAGACGGCUCUGGAGUGGGCAGUGCUGACCGACAGCUUCAACACUGUGCAAAGGAUCCGGCAGCUGCUGCGGCGGCCCCAGGUACAGCAGCUCAGCCAGCAUUACCAACCAGAGUGGCCAGCCUUGCCCGGGCUCGUGGCCCAGGCCCAGGCCCAGGCUUCCCCAUCUCUCCUAGAGAGACUACAGGCUGCCUUGAGCCUCCCCUCUGCCCACUCUCCUCAGGAGGGGGGUGUCCUGGACCACCUUGUGACCAUCACGACCAGCCUGGCCAGUCCCUUCCUCACCACUGCCUGCCACACCCUGUGCCCUGACUGCCCGCCUGCACUGGGCACCCAAAGCAAAUCUGUGCCAGAGCUGCUAGGCACUGGUCCUCCCCCACCCCCAGUACCCCAGCCCCCCCAGAUAUUCCCUGGCCGCCGGGUUCUCAUCCAUUACCAGAGUCCUCAAGGCAUGUUGAGCAUGUGCCCUCAGUGGCUACAGCCCAGGGACAAUACCAGUCCCCAAAUCCCCAAGGUGCUCCUCUCCAAGGCACCCUCAUCUCCUAGCCAGUGCAAACCAGAGCCUGGGCCUGCAAAGCGUCGCAGUCUGACCCUUCCUGUCUGGAGAUACCAGGAGCUCAGAAUGCAGAGGAGGAGGCAGGAGGAGGAAGCCAGGUGGGCACAGAGCCAGGGGAAGAUGGACUAGGCCAGGCUGGGAUCAGGGAAUCAGGCGCCUCCCAUAGGCUCCUCUGCCCUGUAGAACCCCUUCUGCCUUUCCAUCCACCUGUCAACCUAUGUAUGAGGUUAUUCAUGCA